ACUCCAGUCGUGUACGACUGUCGUUAAUUGUAUCUUAUAUUUACAUUUUAUUCUAACGACACCUUGACUCGUUGCUGUUCUUUCCUUUUAACGAAUAUAUCGGGAAAAUCAUUUAUACGAGAUUUGUAUAGUAAUCGUUAUCGAGUAUAUAUAAAAAAAAAAAUAACCACCACGUCGGAUCGAACAUUGUUAUAUUUUGUUAUCGUUAAUUGUGACGAAGAAGAAGAAGAAGUUAAGAUUAAACGGAGAUGAGUCAAAAGACUAAGCUUCACAUACGGACUCUGAUUUGACGUUAACCAGAGAGCAGAAUGAUGAUAAUGAUGAUGAUGAUGAUGAUGAUGAUGAUGAUAAUGAUUUUCGACGUUGUCUACUACGACUACGAAAUUUGAGAUCUUGGCCAAUCCCUUUUUUUCUUCGAUUGAAAGAGAGAAAGAGAUAAAGAGAGUGGGGGAAGGAUGAGCCUUAGAGAAAGCGGAACUCUUAUGGGAAAAGUUUCGAAAUGUGCCGAGUCUAGCGAUGAUUCCACGGCGAUGAAUCGAAGGACGAGGAAUCAUGAGACACGAAAACGGUUGAAGGGCGUGUACACGCAAUAUAAUAAGAGGCAGGGCAGGUGAAAAGAUGAGAAAAUGAAGAAGAAAGAGAGGCGAUUCUAAUUGGAGAAUGAGCGGUUUUUUCAACUCACUCAAAAACCUCGCGUCGGGAGCCGCGUACGCAGGAAGCUCUGCUUCGAGAUAUCAAGAGCUGGAAGUCGAAGAUACGAAGAUGAGAUUUAGCUUAACUCCUCAGCCUGGGGAAAGUGGAUUUCAACAAUGGCUGGACGCGAUGAAAAUGGUAGCACGUUUGCCAGGAGGCAUACCAGCGGAAUUUCGAAAAAGACUUUGGCUAACACUAGCGGAACGUCAUCUGGAGCAAAGAGGUGUAGAUUGGAAGCAGGCUGAAAAAGUCUGCUUUAAUGAGUGGAGUAAUCCUGACGACGAGGAGCUUGGUAUACAAAUUGUAAAGGAUCUUCAUAGGACAGGAUGCAGUUUGUUUUGCGGGGCAGCUGGACGUGACAAUCAAGCUGUGCUACGUCGAGUUUUGCUCGGGUUCGCACGAUGGAACAAGUCGGUCGGUUAUUGUCAAGGAUUGAACGUAUUGGCGGCUCUUGUUUUACAAGUCAUGGAUCGUGUGGAAUCAUCGGCUGUGAAGGUGAUGAUCUAUCUAAUAGAAGGUGUUCUACCGGAAGGUUACUUCGCCGACAAUCUUCGCGGGCUUUCCGUCGACAUGGCUGUUUUUCGCGAUCUUCUUCGUUCGAGAAUGCCUAAAUUAUCCAAGCAUCUUGAAGUUUUGCAAAGCGACGCGAAAGACAAAGCAACAGAUAUGUUUUUUACAGGUAGCAGCUACGAGCCACCUCUUACGAAUGUAUUCACAAUGCAAUGGUUCCUCACACUUUUUUGUCAUUGUUUACCACAAGAUGCGGUACUCCGUGUCUGGGAUCUCAUAUUUCUCGAGGGUGACCAAGUCCUUCUAAGGACGGCUUUGGCCAUUUGGGAAAGUCUUUCCGACCGAAUUAUGACCGUGACGUCGGCAGACGAGUUUUACAGUAUCAUGGGAGUUCUCACACGAGAAAUGUUGGAAUUUACGGAUACGAAUAAUCUUAUAAAGAACAUUGUCAGUUUGGGACCAUUGCAUGGUGUGACUGGGCUCAGAGAAAAACAUAGGUAUAAUAUUACACCGUGGGCUAGAAAAUUAAGCGACGAUGAAGAUAGCGAUACCGAGGAAGACGAAAGAUUAGCCGUGGCUGCUGCUAUGUUUAGUAUGGCUCAAAAAUUGAAGAAAGGUGAACUUUUGAGUGAACACAUUUCCUCGACGAUGGGAGCGAUACAAGCAAUGGCUCCUGGCAGCGAUCGAGAACGUCUCGCUUUGGACAUCAGUACGUUGAAACAACAGUAUGCUAAGCUUCGAGAACGACAACGGCAAGCUCAUAUUAUACUCUCCGCCGCGUGUGCGAGACAGUCGAUGGUUCCUCCUCCCACUUCUCAGGCCAUGAAUCACCUGUUAGUCGGUAAGAAUGCCCUAGUGAGUGGAAAAAAUCGAUCACUCGGUUUGUCCUCUGGUACGACCCCUUCCAAGACGAGACCCGUAGUUCUUCACAGUCCACGAGCUCAAAGUAAAAAGGAGAGACAGCAAGUUGUCACUUUGCAUUGGAAAGACACGAAGAGGCAGAAACAUAAAUUUACCGAGACACCUGCCGAGGCUACAGAAUGCAAGGAGAAGUCGAUACAAUCGCCGGAAGAGACGAUGACGACGAUGACGACGACGACGGAUGAGCAAACGUCACCAAAAAGCGGCGGGACCGUCGACAGUGACAGCGAUAGCACGUCGACUGAAUUAUGCGACGAACCUGAUCGUUUCAGUGACGUAGACAGCGAAGAACUAACGUCAGCAGCAUCGGACAAUUAUUACGUCAUGGCGGGGGAGGAGGAGGAGGAGAAGGAGGAGGAGAAGAAGAAGAAGAAGAAGGGCGGGAGAGUCGAGGGGUCUUCGACCUCGGGGAAUUCACCCGUUCGUUUGCCCCCUGACGUAACGACUAGCUCCCGUGACGUCAUCGAGGGAAAUAGUCCCGAUUUAGCGGAAACAUCGAUAGCUAAAAUCACCGAUCAAAUAAGAAGAUUAUCGGCUGAAGAUGACAAUAAUACGAUGGUUCCUCAAACGCUUUUCAAAAUUGAAAGCAAGCAAGAUGAUGUUGUAACGACUAAAACGUUGCAAGAAGUCGAUCAAUUUAAAUCUUCUAAGUGUCAAAACGGUCACGACGAUGAAAAAAAAUGUUUAAGUUUAUACGACAAUCAUGAUUAUUUCAAAUUAAAUUACGACGAGCCAAAGACGACGAUGAUCUAUAUCCCGGAUGAGAAAAACAACGAAACUAUCGAGAACAAAAAGGACGACGUUAACGCGGAAUUAAUGAGCGAUCUUCGAUCGAUGACGAAAGCAAUUGAGCUCGAUAAUUACGGUGAUAGUAGCAAGAACGUUCCUGGCUUAUCGUCCGACGAUGUUCAUGAUUUCAUUUCCAAGGAAUCUAUUAUAGAUUCGGACAUCAUUUCCAAAUACGAUACCGUCUCUAUAAUUAAGAAUUACGAUAAACAAAACGAAUAUUCGGAUAAGAAAGACAAACUUGAUCAGUUAUCUUUGGAUUCUUCUAAGACUGAAGGGUCACCGAUCGAGGUUGAUAAAAAAUUUGAAAGAUCUACGGAUAGUUAUAAAUCAAUCGAUUUGAAAUUAUCGGAUACAAAGGUUAAGCUUGAUUUUGAAGUCUCGUUGGAUUCUUAUAAAUCUAGAAGUGUUUUGUCAAUUGACACGAAUGAAACAGAUUUUCAAGUUUCUUUGGAUUCUUAUAAAUCUUUGAAAUCGUCUGAUAUUAAUGAUAAACCCUUCGAGACAUCUUUGGAUAUUUACAAAUCGUCAAAUUUAUCGGAUAGAAAUGAUGAACGCGUCGAAGCGUCUCUUCAUUCUUACGAAUCUUUAAAGUCAUCGGAUACUAGCAUCAAACGAUUCGGAACAUCUUUGGAUUCUUAUAAAUCUUUAAAAUCACCAGAUACGAAAGACGAAAAACGUUUUGAAACGUUUUCUUUGGACUCUUACAAAUCUUUGAAAUCAUUGGACACUAAUGACAAAAGCCUUGAGGUAUCGUUAGACUCUUUAAAAAAAAGUAUGGAUACCCUAGAAACAAAGGAUAAACCAUUUCAUUGUGAAACGUUGUUGAAUUCUUACAAAUCGCUGAUUAAAUCGCCGAUCAAAUCGCCAAUCAAAUCGCCGAGCAAAUCUCCAAUCAAAUCGCCAGUUAAAUCACCGGACUCAACGGACAAAAGUUUCGAAAGCUCGUUAAAGACUUACACGAACGUUUUUUCCCAGAGUUCUCAGAGAAAAGAUAUUACAUUGGAUUUUUCAUCGACUAAUUCGACGCUCUCUAAGCAAAGUUUUUACACGUCGAAAACUUAUGUGGUUGGCCAUCUUCCAAUUUCACCGAUAACCGUAGAUCAUAAAAUAAAUACGUUGAAUCGAGUCUCUUACGGUAUUACCGAUGACACCCAAGUUGCGACGUUAGAUGUUAGUAAAAAUACGGAUCACCCGUUAGACGGAAAAUUGAAAAGCAUACAAAGCAGUAAAUCUUAUAUAGAAACGAAGAAGAGUCCUAGAACGCCGGAAAGUUCAAAGUCAUUCAGCUCGGGCGAAACAAUGGGUCCGGAUUCAAAGGGCUCGAGUUUGACCAUCAGUCCAAGGACACCAGUUAAAUCGGUCUCUCGAGAGUUCUCCGCGGACAAGUCGAUAUGUUCCUCGAUAAGCUCGGAUACGAAAACCCUCGUCCUUCUAUCUACAACCGAAUCCGACGUAGCAAGAGAGAGUCCAAGAUUGGAAGAAAAGAAAUCGUCUUACGAAAAGUCGAGUCCUUCGACGCCAUUUAGUACAGACUCGCUCAAGUACAAAUCAGAAUCGAGUCCAAAACUCAUCAUAAGCAGCUCCAGUGACUCCUGCAGUCCGAGCAAAAUGAAGUCUUCCGAGAGGUCCUUCAGUUCGGACCUUCGAUCGCCUAUAAGUGCCAAUUCUAUAAAAUACACUUGGAACUACGGCAAACGAGGUCAAGAUAAUAUUUCUGACUCGUCCAUCGAUCUGAGCACGGCCGUCUCGCCGUUUUAUCCGAUCGCACAUCCCAAUCAAAAGACCCCGUCGCCGUACAGUGUUUCUAGACGAAGAUGUAGCACGGAUAGCGCGGAUACCUCGCCGGAACAAAGAUUAUCUGUUUCGAAGGAUUCGACCAAAUGUUCGAGUAACAAUCGAAUUCAUUUGGAUUCAGUAUCUUUGAGGAUCGAAAACAGAGAAGAAAAUGCAGUUUUGAAGAAAAAUACGUCCUUGAAUGUUUUAGAAAGGGAUCGAGAAAAAAGGGAUCGGGAGAAAAGCGAUUCGACGAAUUUAUACGAAUUCGGAUCUAAUUCGAUUUUGUAUAGAAACGAGAACAAGGAAGAUUCUGCGGAGAAUAAUGGUGACGAUCGGUUGUCCGAGACAGAUACGGUAUCACAGUUGCCUCGUGAACAAUUGAACAAACAUUUCAUGAAUCUUAAUUGCAGGCACAAGGAUCGCUCGAAAUUCAUGGAAAGAAGUUCCAGCAGUCUGGAUCGAAGGUUCGCAGAUUUGAAAUCUUCGGCAUCUACGGACGAACUCUCAACGUCGAUCGCAAAGAAAAGAUCGAGUGACAUUUUGGAAGACAUGAAGCAUCUCGAGGCAAAGGCAUUUAGUGAUGGACCAUCGGAUAGUGCUAUACUCAGUAAGAAGACCAGUUACAUAUGGGAGGAUUUCAAGAAUCUCGAGGCCAGACGUCAAGACAAUUUCAGUAAUUCGGCAAGUAAUUUUUCGAGAAAUCGAUUAGACGUUACCGAUAUUACCCCAACGUCCUAUAAUUUAACGAACGUAGAUGCUAGAAAAUCAUACGUUGUGCGACCAAAGAUAAAUAUAGACGAGGGUGUCGAUAGUAUUUUAAAGACGGUCUCGCUUAACAAGUGUAACGAUAACGACAACAACGACGUAGACAAGCACGAAGACGAAGACGACGGUAGGGAAUCUAAAUUAGGUGUUUGGACUAAGGUAAAACCGAGGAAGAAGGGAAACAACGGUAGAAGAAGUAGCGACAGAGCAUUGAAAAUAAUCCAAGAAAAUUCGGCGAUUCUUCAAAAGAUUCUCGCAUGUCAAGCAAAAAAACGUCUACCCGAUUUGGAGGAAAUAUCAAAGGAGAUCACGAUCAGUCCAAUUAAUGAGGAAAUUUCGAAGAUAUUCAGUCCAAUAUUAGAGAAGAUGGGAUUGAACGAGCACGAGAUAAACGAGGAGUUGGCUCGAAUUAAUUUUCAUGAUUUCGACAAUAUGACGGGAACAAGUGUGUCCGAAUUUGAUGCGAAAAUCAACGAGGAACUCUCGAAGUUAUCGUUGAUCGACGAGACCGAACGUAUGGAAGAUCUUGACGUGGAUGAGAUUAUAUCUCACAAAUAUUUUGACACGAGGGAAGCUCUGAUAGAUCGGAAGAUUAACGAGGAACUGUCGAAACUUUUGGCAAACUACGAGGAAGAGCCACGAUUGAGCGUGGCUACAUUGGAAAAGGGUUCCUCCAGUCAGAAUAUCAGCGAUACCGAAGGCCUCGACUUGACUAGCAUCUCGACUAACGUUUUUUCCUAUAAAUCGUCCAACGAUUCUAUCGAGACGAGAAGCGAGCAAGGUUCUCUUCAAGAAACAUCGAUUCAGAACGAAAGAUUCCCUCAAUACGCUCAACCGACUUCACCUUACUCAACGUCGACCUACGUACGAUAUCUUUCACCCAAAAGUGACAUAGACAUCUACAGAGAACUAGAAAAAUUGGACAAGAUAUCAUCAGCACAGGUGAUUCCUGACACCCCAUUGGACAUUUCUCCAAAAAUCUUGUCACCGGUUGCGGUUGCCUACGUUACUAAUGCAUCCCCUUACACUUCCGACGUAUCCACUCCAAUUGGAUAUUCACCAAAAAUGAUGUCAUCGUUCGAUACCUCCCCGUUAAAAACUUCUUACGAUCCUUACAAAACUUUCGAUUAUAAAAGUAAUUUAUCACCAAGAAGGGUACCUAAUAAUCCAUAUACCCCACGUCCCUACGACAAUGCAGUUGAUUCAAAUUUUGAAUAUUAUGAUCGCGAAUCUACUACGAUCUGUACUAAUUCUCCCUAUGACGUUCAUUCGAAGAGUCCUAUUUUAACGAAGGAAUCAUUGGAAUUUCGCGUUAGAUACGACAACGAGUCACCUCAACGAAAACUCAGCGACGAACCAUUCGGUCUGUCGAUAGAGAACAAACAGAUGAAUAAAGAGAAAAGUAUUUUGUAUUUUGGUGAUGAUAGUAACAAAAUUGUCACUCCCAACAAGUCAACUGGAAAGGAAUCGAGAACACAUGAUAUUGUUGCUAGUUCUUAUUUCGAUUAUUCAAGUGAAAGUUCGAAUCUCUUGCGUCGCAAAUACGAUCAACCAUCACCUAUGAGAAAUUAUAUUCACGAUAAGAAUCUCGAAUACGAUGGAGUUUUAUCCGGCAUGUUAGAAAACGAAUCGAAAGUGGUAACCUAUUUGCGUGAUUACCAGCCAACUCUUUCUCCUAAUCGACAAUUCGAUCAACCCUUUACACCGACCAUUAAUUAUCUCUCCACAAAACUUUCACCAAACAUUGCAGACGAAACCAAUCGACCUAUUUCUAAUCCCGACUUUCCAGACAAAAUUACUAUCACCGGGCAAUACACCGAACAACCAACCAGAGGUUCCAGUUGUUACAAAAAAUCAUCUUUGAGUUUGGCCAAUUUAGGACGAGCUAGCAAAAACGGUGAGGAUAAUCUGAACUCAACGCCUAGUCCAAAGGCUCAAUUCAGUCCGUUUCCGGUAAAGAAUGCGUCGAAGAAACCGAAAGAGUUAGGUCUUAAAUUAGGCCUCUAUUCGCCGAAAAAUUCGCCUAGUGGACCCUUGAGAAGAUCGUAGUUGAUCGCAUUGUUCGUCUUUUUUACCUUUGCUUUGAAGGUACACGUAUUUAAAUAUACGUUAAUGCAAUAUUUCUUUUUUUAAGAAACACAUAGGCCGAACGAUGACGAGAAAGCCUACAUACACGAUAAAAAAAGAUAAAACAAAAAGAUCUUGUGUUGUUAAUGUCCAAAUGCGAUGUUUUAUAUACCUCUUCGACGCAUACACUCGCAUAAGUUUUUUGUUUUUGUUUAAAACGACAAGCGCGCCUAAAGCUGUCCUUUCUAAGUACUUCUCAUUUUCUGAUAGUAUAUACAUAUAUACAUAUAUAAAUAUAAAUAUAUAUAUAUAUAUAUAUUGUUACGUGAAUUAGAUAAUAUUAUAAUUAUAAGAGAUUAAAGUAUCAACUAAUAAUUUAUUUUUAAGUUACGUGAUAAAACAGCGAAAAGCUCUGCGCCAAGUUUUUCUUGUUCGUUGAUAGAAUAAUAAACUGAAUGAAUUAUUGGGAUGAUAAAUCGUAAAAGAAGGCGUUAAGAAAGAGGCACUUGAAGGUAGAGUGUACACUUGAAUAAGUUUUCUCUAAGUGGUGCAAUAAUGAACGGUUGAUCUUUGAUCUUGUACCUGUAAUUCGAAGUUACUAUCAUUCGUGUUACGACUUUAGACCGUUAAUUUAAAAACGAAUUCGUUUCGAAUUCUACCAUUUGCUAAAGUUUGUCAAGAGAAAAAACUAAUUGUAAGAUUGACAUGCAUAUAAACGCUAUCGAAAACUCAAAUUUUCUAAUAAAUGCCUUUGGCUCCAUCCAAUUUUGCUGAUCAUAUACGCAUAUAUAAUAUAUAUUAUAUUAUAUUAUAUUAUAUUAUAUUAUAUUAUAUUA